CUUUUCAAUGUGCGCAACUGCACGGCAUAACUUGCUGUGGUCCAGAAGGCAGAUCCGUUCAUGUUCUACUCUUCAGCACCACAGCCGUACAGCCGAGAUCUUUCAUUCAUUCGUCCUGAAGAUGACAACCACAACACCCACUAUGGCUCAUCGAGCUCUCCUUGCACAGCUAGCUCGUACGUGUAGGAAGUUCUCGCGAUACGCGCUGCCAGCGUUGUGGAGACAUUUACCAUCUCUGAGGCCGCUGCUAUCCCUUCUUGCGCCGCUGCGAUGUCGACCCAUACUAGGGGACGAACUGCCGAUCGGACACCGUGGGUGGCACGGCCUUGAAGUUCCUGAGCGCGGCACAGACUACUCUUGGGCGUUUGACGAAGCGAUUACACCUGAUGGCAAUCUACGAUUCAACCAUUACGCCAGCUUUGUGCGCGUACUCAACAUCCACCGAUUCCCGCCACUCAACCCCUCCGUGUUCGAUCAUCUAAAGGAUGCGGGUUUACAUUGUCCACUUCUUCCUGAUAUUAGGGAGCUUAAUUGCGAACACACUCCGUUCACGGCAAUCGCUGCGAAGUGGGUCGUAGGGCCAUCGUUGCUCUCCGAUUCGUCGAUGUACAUGCCGUCCCUACCCUUAGGAUCUCGACCACGGGAGAGUACCACCGAUGGCACAAUGCUGGAGUUGGAUACGCUGGUCACCCACCUCCAAUCUUCAUCGCCGAAUAUCGAAACUCUGAGGGUGAUCGAUCAGCCAUCCCACUGGGAUUUGCAUUCCAUCCUCGCUUUCACGAACCUCCGUAUCGUGGACAUCUCAGUCUGGCAUAACUGCGAUACCGAUAUCCUGCGGUCCCUCGCCACAUUCCCGCAUCUACACACGCUUCGGCUCUCUGUGGUCGCCUUUCUCGGCGAGUCUACGCCUCUCCCAGGUGGCUUCGCGUAUCUGGAGUGUCUGGCCAUUUCUGGCAACCAAGAGGCCAUCGCUCGGGCGGCGGAGAUGAUCGUCCCUCCUCGAUUGUGCACUCUGUGGAUUUCGGGAAAGUUUGAUUACAGAGAAGUCAUGCACAGAACCCUCUAUCCUCUCUGCAAUCGCUACUCCAGCACACUCACGGAAGUUCACCUGGAGUGCGCCGAACUAUAUGGGCUCAACCUCAUGGAGAUAUUGGAUCCACUUCUCCCAGUGUUCAACCUACGUGUGUGCAUGCUGUCCGCCGCCUUGGGGAGGGUUUCCUUCACGGACGCGGACUUGAUGGUGCUGGCAGCGCGAUGGCCAGCGCUGUCCGUUUUCAGUGUCCUGUGCAAGUGGUACCGAGCGCUGCCUACAUUGCGAGGCAUCGCGGAAUUUGCGGACGCCUGUCCUUCUCUAACGCAGGUCAGCCUGGAGUACGUCGCAUGGCCACUUAUCAUCCCUGAAGCCGAAGGAGAGCGCCGCCAUCGUAGGAAUAAGCUGAAGCUCUUGUCGGUCCGUCAAGCAGCCGAUCUCAGGGACAUUGGUGACAAUGGUAGUACGGACCUUUCCAGGGUGGCACAUGUCAUGGAUCUCCUGUUUCCUGCCUUGGAUAUCCAGUCGUCAAAGGCAAUGAUUCGCCCAGACGGCUGGGCGUCGUUUUGGACGAAGGUCUUCGAUGAGACUGGAAAAGUGCAGAAGACUCGCCGGGUUAUUGAAUGCUAUGACUGACUCCGAAGGCUAUCCUGACCGUUUUGUCAAAUAAAUGGUAGUAGAGAUGACGAAGGUCGCAUCAGUACAGUUGUUUCAAGGUAUUGUAGUACUCGCGUGGACGAUGGUUACGCUGCUUUCCUCUUCAAUAUAUGAGGAGGCUACCUACAUCCUGC